CCUCAUUCACUGUUCAUACCGGGUCUCCGCACGUGUGCAAAUAGCCCCAAUCCACUCUACUUGAGCUAGUCACUGGACAUAGACACCAACAACUCAUUAUAAAAAAUGACUUCGAGAGAAAUAACCGCCCAGUAUUUAAUAAUGCGAGAUAGAUACCAGACCUACUCAUGUGUUGAGUGGGAAUACGCGCGACUCCGCGCAUCGCUAUCAUCUGACCUCACCAUCCAGAUGACCGUAUCUACAUGGCAGCCCAGAUGACAACCACGGCUGACUACUCCAACGAGAAUAAAUAAGUGUGUAUUCUCCAAUACCAACAUGAUAUGCCUCAAUAUCUUUUGCACCUAUCCCAGUUGUGCUAUAUCCACGCUAUACUAUGAAAACUAUCAGCCUUGCGACGCUCAUCCUCGGUGUAUCGGCAGUGCACCACCAGGCUACAUCGCUAAAAAAGACAUCGAAUAGCGCCAGGAUCGAGCCCCUGAGGACGGACCAGUCGGUUUUCAGCCCGUUGGACGUGGAUGAGAGUCGUGGGUUCCCUUUCCUACUUUUUUUUGAUCUGUGCUUCUUCCAGCGGAGGAUUCAGAAACUGUAUAUGUUUGAUCUGACAAAAUAAGGUUGCUAUGUGUGCUCCUCGCCUUGUUCGGGUGCUGUGUGCUGUCAUGGGGCUUUUCCGCAAUGUUGCACUGAUGGCUCGUAUUGCUAUUGCUGUGGGGAUUAGUUUGGGCUUGGGCUGGGGGAUUAUCUAUUAUUGAUGGCUUUUUGAUUCCUUUUCUCUCAUUAUGGUCUGCUGCUGAGAUGUCGCAGUUUCGUUGCUUUGCUGAUUUACUCUGCUAGUUUUAGGUUAAUGACAUAGAAUGACUUACAAAUUACAGUCUGUA